AUGCAAUCCAUGAUGCCAUAUCAACGCGGCUUCUUUGGCCGCCCUCUAGAAGUGUUUGAUCCUUUCUCCCUUUACUUUUGGGAUGACUUUCCCUUCGACUUCCCAGCCUUCCGAGCACCACCACUCAUGCCUCCUCCACGGCCACUACUACCGGAAAUGAGGGGAAUGGUGCCUAGGACUAAGAUUGAGUACAAGGAAACCCCCGAAGCUCAUCACUUCAAGGCUGAGCUUCCGGGGGUGAGAAAAGAGGAUGUGAAGGUGAAACUAGAGGAGGGUGGGAGGAUGAUCCAUGUCAGUGCCAAAUCGAAGCGUGAGAAUGAGGAAAAGAAAGACAAUUAUCAUCAUGUAGAGCGCGGUUAUGGAGAGUUUAUGAGUAAGUUCACGUUACCUCCUAAUGCCAAACCCGAGCAUAUGAGGAGCUCUGUGGAUAACAAUGGAGUGCUCACCAUCACUAUUCCUAAGGAGAAAAUACAGCAAUCCAAUUACCAGUAA